AGACGAAGUACCGCCCACAUUCUCUGGUCGUCCAUUCGUAUCGCACACCUACGUUUUGUCACUACUGCAGUGAGAUGUUAUGGGGACUCAUCCGACAGGGUCUAAAAUGUGAAGGCUGCGGUCUGGAUUUCCACAAGCGCUGUGUGUUUAAGUUGACCAGCAACUGCUCUCGUGUGUAUCGCCGCUGCGGCCUGAGUCUGUCGCUGUUUCCUCCCGGUCGGCCCCGGACCCCGAAGCUCUCCAGUCACACCGGCGGGAGUCUGGAGGAGAUCAGCAUGUCGAAGCCGUCGCGCUCGCGCACACCGCCCUGGGCCGACGUGCCAGUGUCUUUGGGGCUGUCGGAGGGGAAGGAGGCCCGACCGCGAGUCCCUCACACCUUCCACAUUCACACUUACACCAAACCCACCGUCUGCAUGCACUGCUUCCGGUUGCUCAAGGGCCUCUUCAGACAGGGCAUGCAGUGCUCCGACUGUAAGUACAAUUGUCAUCGCAGGUGUAUGACUCUUGUUCCUCCUGAGUGUAAUGGUGAGAAAGCAAACGGAGAAGCUCAGAUGUUCACGUCUCUCUCUCUCUCUCUGUGUGUGUGUGUGUGUGUGUGUGUGUGUGUCAGGCCGUGUUUCAGCAGUAAUAUUCCUCUGAUGCGAGUGGUGCAAUCAAUCAAACACAACAAGAGAAGAAACAGUGGAGUGCUGAAGAAAGGCUGGUUAAUCCAUCAUACCAACACUGACACGCUGAGAAAACGUCACUACUGGGUAUUAAAUGGGAAAAGUAUCACCCUGUAUCCGAAUGAAAUCAGCAUUAAGUACUACAAGGAGAUUUCUCUCUCAGAGGUGCUGCAGAUUCGAGGUCCAGCUCGGCUCACUAUUCCAGUGUUGCCAGACAACUGCGCACACUCGUUCGAGCUGGUGACGGGAUCUCUGGUGUACUGUGUGUUUGCGGAUCAGGACGGCCCGUCAUGGGAGUCGGCUCUCGAUCAAGCCCUCAGACCGGUGCAGGGCACUGUAUGCCACACGACAAACAACACCGGUGAUGGAAAGAACAGUGAUGAGACCCAGGACAUCAGUGAGCUCUAUCAGAUCUUCUCUGAUGAGGUUUUGGGUUCGGGUCAGUUCGGGGUGGUUUACGGAGGCACUCACAGACACACGGGCCGUCCGGUCGCGGUUAAAGUCAUCGAUAAAACAAGAUUUCCCACUAAACAGGAGGAACAGACCAAAAAUGAGGUCUCGAUAUUGCAGAGACUGUCUCAUCCAGGAGUCAUUCAUUUAGAAGACAUGUUUAAGACAAUGGAAUAUACUUUCGUUGUGAUGGAGAAGCUCCACAGCGACAUGCUAGAGAUGAUUUUAUCUCACGAGAACGGACGGCUGACUGAACGCACCACUCGCUUUCUAGUCACUCAGGUUUUGGAGGCUCUGCAGUACCUGCACAUGAGGGACGUUGCACACUGUGACCUGAAACCAGAAAAUGUGCUGCUGGCUUCACCUGAACCCUUUCCUCAGGUCAAACUGUGUGACUUUGGGUUCGCUCGUAUCAUCGGACAGAAGUCGUUCCGGCACACUGUCGUCGGGACGCCUGCCUAUCUGGCACCGGAGAUCAUCUGUAGUAAGGGUUACAAUCGCUCUCUGGACGUGUGGGCCGUGGGUGUGAUAUUAUAUGUCAGUCUGAGUGGAACGUUCCCUUUCAACGAGGACGAGGACAUUAAUCAGCAGAUCACCAACGCUUCGUUCAUGUAUCCACGCCAGCCGUGGUCCCUCAUCUCACUGGAGGCUGUGAAUCUGAUCAAUAACCUGCUGCAGGUGGUGGUGAGACGCAGGUUCAGUGUUGGCAAAGCGAUGGGUCAUCCUUGGUUUCAGAACUUCCAGAUGUGGUGUGACCUGCGUGAGUUUGAGCAGCGGAUGGAAUAUCGCUAUCUCACGCAUGAGGCGGAUGACGAGCGCUGGAGAGCCCACGCUCUGGAGAAAGGCCUCAGUUUCCCACAACAUUUAAAAUGAAGCCAGUAGCCACUUAGAUUUUACACAAAUAUAACUGUGAAUAUUGUAUUAUAUCAGCAACUUUGUGAAUCUGCUGUGAUGUAAAUAUAAUUAUU